CAAUAUUCUUCUUGGCCAGUAAUACUCACUCCAUACAAUUUACCCCCUUCUAUAUGUAUGAAAGAGGAGUAUAUGUUUUUGACUAUAAUAGUUCCUGGCCCUAGAAAUCCGAAGGAUAUGUUGGAUGUGUAUUUGCAACCCCUAAUUGUAGAAUUGAAGCAUUUGUGGGAAGUUGGUGUUGAGACUUAUGAUGUAUCAAAGAAAAAUAAUUUUCAGAUGCGUGCUGCUCUUAUGUGGACCAUAAGUGAUUUUCCAGCAUAUUCAAUGUUGUCUGGGUGGAGCACUGCGGGUAGGACUGCUUGUCCAUAUUGCAAACAAGAUUCAGAUGCAUUCACUUUAACAAAAGGUGGGAAACAAUCUUGGUUUGAUAAUCACCGUAAGUUCUUACCUCAUAAUCAUCCGUUCAGAAAAAACAAAACAGCUUUCCGGAAAAAUAGAACAGUAACAAAGACAACUCCAACUAUUCCAUCUGGUGAUGAGAUCUUGAAAGAAAUAGAAGAUUUGGGCUUGAGGAGUGUUGUAGAUUCUGGUGCACGUGAGAUUAAUAGCCGCAUUGCUAGGAUCAGUGGUUGGAGAAAACGGAGCAUUUUUUGGGAGUUACCUUAUUGGCAGACAAAUCUCAUUCGACACAAUCUUGAUGUUAUGCACAUUGAAAAAAAUGUGUUUGAUAAUAUAUUCAACACUGUUAUGAAUGUGGAAGGGAGGAGUAAAGAUAAUACUAAAUCUAGGGAAGAUUUGAAGGAAUUCUGUUGCCGACAUGCCUUAGAAAAAGAUGAUGCUACCGGAAAAUAUCCGAAAGCAUGCUACACGCUUGAUAGGCAAUCAAAAAUUGUGCUUUGUGAAUGGCUUCGCAAUCUUAAAUUUCCGGAUGGAUAUGUGUCGAAUAUAGGCCGAUGUGUUGAUAUGCGAAAGCUAAAGCUUUUUGGUAUGAAAAGCCAUGACUGUCAUGUCUUUAUGCAGAGAUUACUCCCAAUAGCAUUUCGGGAAUUGCUUCCAUCAAAUGUUUGGCAGGCAUUAACAGAAAUGAGUAAUUUUUUUAGAGAGCUCACUUCGACUGUACUCCAAGAAGAAAACAUGUUAAGGAUUAAUGAAGAAAUUCCUCUAAUUAUUUGCAAAUUAGAGCGUAUAUUUCCCCCAAGCUUUUUUGAUUCAAUGGAGCAUCUUCCGGUGCAUUUGGCUUAUGAAGCAUGGAUUGCGGGUCCAGUACAGUAUCGAUGGAUGUAUCCAUUUGAGAGAUAUCUCAGAAAACUGAAAAAGAAUGUGAGAAAUAAAGCAAGAGUUGAAGGCUCCAUAUGCAAUGCCUAUUUAGUUGAGGAAGCAACAUCAUUUUGCGCACAUUAUUUUGAACCACAUGUAAGGACAAGACAUCGAAAGAUACCCCGUAAUGAUGAUGGUGGAGAAGAUGCAGAAGAACAUUUUGGCAACUUAUCAAUUUUCAUACGUCCCGGUAGAACAUUGGGAAAAGGAAAAAUUAAAUAUCUUAAUGAAGAUGAAUAUGCAGCAGCACAAAUGUACAUCUUAUUAAAUUGUCCAGAAGUGCAACCAUUCACCAAGAUCUUUGUUGAUGAGUUAAUUACGGAGAAUCAGCACAUUGAUGAUAGACAUGUUGAUGAAAAAAUAGAACAUGAAUUUGCAGCAUGGUUUCACCAGUUUGCUCAUGAUCCUUGCAAAAGCAUUUCCAACCAAUUCUUGAAGGACUUAUCAAAAGGUCCAUUAAGGAGCUAUAAGUCUUAUAAUGGGUGCAUUGUAAAUGGCUACAAAUUUCACACAAAAACUCAUUGCUCAAAUACUGCAACAAUAAAUAGUGGUGUAUGUGUAAAGGGCACGAAUUAUACUACAGAUGAAAAUGACUACUAUGGCCAAUUAGUUGAGGUUUUAUGCUUGGAGUACCCGGGAUUACCAAUUAAGCGAACAAUCUUGUUUAAAUGUGAUUGGUUUGAUCCAACACCGAAAGUGGGUACAAAAUGUCAUCAACAAUAUAAACUCGUGGAUGUCAAUCAUAAGCGGUUCUUCAACAAAUAUGAACCAUUUGUUCUUGCAUCCCAAGCAAUUCAAGUUAAUUAUGCAACAUAUCCUAGUUUAAAAUGUGACAAGGCCAAGCGGUGGGCGGUGUUCAAAGUAAAAGCUAGAUAUGUUGUAGAAAGCUUCUAA